AUGAUGGAGGGAGAGAAAGAAGAAGAAGAAGAAGAAGAAGAAGAAGAGGAGGAGGAGGAGGAGGAGGAGGAGGAGGUAGGAGGAGGAGGUGGACAACAGCAGCAGCAACAGCAGCAACAACGACAACAGCAUCAGCAGCAGCAACAGCAACAGCAGCAACAACGACAACAGAACAGCACAGCAGCACAGACAGCAGCAGCAGCAGCAGCAGCAGCAAGCAGCAGCAACAGCACGCACAGCAACAGCAGCAGCAGCGAGCAACAGCAGCAUCAACCAGCACAGCAACAGCAACAGCAACAGUCAACGCAAAGCAACAGCAACAUCAGCAGCACGCAACAACAGCAACAACGACAACAGCAAACAGCCCAGCAGCAGCAGUCAACAGCAACACAACAGCAGCAGCAGCAACAACAGCAAGAGGAGCAACAGCAGCAGCAGCAACAGCAGCAGCAGCAAAAACAACCCAACAAGCACAGCAGCAACACACAACAGCAACAGCAGCAAGCAGCAUCAAACGAGCAGCAGCAACAUCAACAGCAGCAGCAACAUCACAGCAACAGCAGCAACAACGAUAACGCAACCGCAAAGGCAAGCAGCAACACAGAAGCACAGCGGAACAGCGAGCAACAACGACAACAGCAACAGCAUCAGCAGCAGCAACAACAGCAGCAUCAACAGCAACAGCAUCAACAACGACAACAGAAAACAGCAGCAGCAGCAGCAGCAACACAGCAGCAGCAGCAGCAGCAGCAAGCAACAACGCAAGAGGGCAACCAGCAGCAGCAGCAACAGCAUCAGCAGCACAAAAACAGCAACAGCAACGCAGCAACAACGCAACAGAACAACACAGCAGCAGCAACAACAGCCGCAACAGCAACAGCAGCAGCAACGCAACAGCAACAGCAGCAACAACGUAACAGCAACAGCACAACAGCAAACAGCAGCAGCACAGCAGCAACAGCACAGCAGCAACAACAGAACAACAAGCAACAGCAUCAGCAGCAGCACAACAGCAGCAGCACAGCACAGCAGCAACCAGACAACAAGCAACAGCAGCAGCACAGCAACAACAGCAGCACAGCAACAGCAUCAGCACAGCAACAGCAGCAGCAGCAGCAACAGCAGCAGCAACAGCAGCAGCAGCAACAGCAGCGACAGCAGCAGCAGCAGCUGCAGCAACAGCAACAGCAGCAACAACGACAACAGCAACAGCAGCAGCAGCAGCAGCAACAGCAGCAGCAGCAGCAGCAACAGCAACAGCAGCAACAGCAACAGCAACAGCAGCAGCAACAGCAGCAGCAACAGCAACAACAACAGCAACAGCUGAGCAGCAGCAGCAACCUAGAAUACAGAGCUUUACCAUGUUCGGCCAGCUCUGCCUCUAAUAUCCCAACCUUCACCAAACUCGUUAUUGCUACUCCAGCUAUGGCUGCUAUAGCUAUACCCCCAGCCGCCAACAGCUCUAAAAGACGUCCCAGUGAUUCGGACAAAAUUCUCGUAGUCUCAACUUCGUUUAACGUGUUUACCAGUCCUUCAACUUUUCUACGCGAUUCCUCGAGUUCCAAUGUGGCUGAACCCAGGCUCUCGAACUCGAUGCUUAUUGUUACUUUGUCAGAUGACAACCAUACUAGGUGUUCUUCCUCAAUGAGCACUCCAGGACCCAGACGUACUUUCGUCUACGCGAGCGCCAUCGACCCCAGGGCGAUGAUUAAGCAAUAUUUCAGCAUCUGA